GAGGCUCAGCCUCCGCCCACGGUCCAGCUGCUACACGGGCCGGGCCGUCUCCCGUAGUUCUGAGUCACCGCCGGAAGCCUGGUCCCAACUCAAAGCUGACGUGAAACAUCCACCGAGCUGGAAGAGCCGCCGCCGCCGCAGCAGGAAUCUCCCAGACCUCUACCGAUGGAUGCUCUCUGCGAAGCAAAUGGCACUUUUGCCAUCAACUUAUUAAAAAUGUUGGGUGAAGAGGACCACUUGAGAAACGUGUUCUUCUCUCCGCUGAGCCUCUCCUCUGUCCUGACCAUGGUGUUAAUGGGGGCCAAGGGGAACACGGCGGCCCAGAUGUCCCAGGCACUUUGUCUGAAUGAAAGUGGAGAUGUCCAUCAAGGUUUCCAGUCACUCCUCAGGGAAAUCAGCACGUCCGGCCCACAGUGCCUGCUCAGAACUGCCAACAGACUCUUUGGGGAAAAGACAUGUGAUUUCCUGCCAGCUUUUAAAGAAUCCUGCCAGAAGUUCUAUCAGGCUGACCUGGAGGAGCUGUCCUUUGCUGAAGACACUGAAGAAUGCAGGAAACACAUAAACGACUGGGUGAUGGAGAAGACGGAAGGUAAGAUAUCAGAGAUACUGGGGGCUGGCACAGUCGGUCCUCUGACUAAGCUGGUCCUGGUGAAUGCCAUCUAUUUCAAAGGCAAGUGGAAUGAGCAGUUUGACAGAAAGCACACAAGGGGAAUGCCCUUUAAGACUAACCAGGAGAAGAAGACAGUACAGAUGAUGUUCAAGCAAGCCAAGUUUAAAAUGGGGCACGUGAAGGAGGUGCCUGCCCAGGUCCUGGAGCUGCCCUACGUGGGGGCCGAGCUGAGCAUGCUCAUCCUUCUGCCUGAUGAGAACACGGAUCUUGCUGUGGUGGAAAAAGCACUUACAUAUGAGAAGUUCAGAACCUGGACGAGUCCAGAAAAGCUGACUGAGGAGAAAGUUCAAGUUUUUCUUCCCAGAUUAAAGCUGGAGGCGAGUUAUGACUUGGAGGCUUUUCUUCGAAGUUUAGGAAUGACUGAUGCUUUCGAGGAAGCCAAGGCAGACUUUUCCGGAAUGUCAGCUAAGAAGAAUGUGCCCAUGUCCAAGGUUGCACACAAAUGCUUCGUGGAGGUCAAUGAGGAGGGCACAGAGGCAGCCGGGGCCACUGCCGUGGUCAGGAACUCCCGGUGCUGCAGAAUGGAACCGAAAUUUUGUGCAGACCACCCUUUCCUCUUCUUCAUCAGGCACCGGGAAACCAACAGCAUUUUGUUCUGUGGCAGGUUCUCUUCUCCGUAAGAGGCGCAAUCGCUUUACUUCUCUCUUCUCGCUUCUACACACUCUGCCUUACUCCAAAUUCCGGUUGCCAAAUUGACGCGGUGGUUUGAAUGCUGAAAUAAAGUGUGAUUAUGGUUAACAGA